GUCGCGUCGCUCACGCUGGCCAGGGAGGGGUAGCUGGCGGCUGAUGUCCGAGCGGGCUGUGGUAGUGGCGGGAUGUUGUUGAGGUAAAGCAGGAUGGAAGUGAUUUUGAGUAGACUGAGGCAACUUACCCCUGCUGAACUCAGGCAAGAAAUUCUUGGAGCAGGGCUGAACUGUGGACCUAUAACUUCAACAACUCGUCUAAUUUUUGAGAAGAGAUUAGCUCAGGCUUUGCUGGAAAGCCUGGGAGGAGCAGGAGCAGACGGACCGCCUGAGCCGGCAAAACCUGAAGACCGCUCUGCUUUGUUAAGCAGUUCCACUAGUGGAUCUGACAGCAGCUCCGUAACAAGAUCCGAAACUCCCCGUUCACCUACCCAUAUCUGUACUGACAAAGAUGACCACUUUGGAUAUGAUGUAGGAGUGAACCCUCCAGAUGAGUCACCAUUGUCAGAUUUGCUAAAAGCUGUAAAUGUCAGUAGUUUACAGAACAACACAGAACAGAUUUCAGAAAGAUCAGAUGCUUCUGCCACAGUUUAUUAUGGAGUUUGUCCGGUCUGGGAUGACAUUUUGUCCAGAAAUGAUAAAGUGCAUGUAUACUUGGAUAAAAAAGAAGCUCUCCAAGCUGUAAAAAUGAUGAAAGGAUCACGGUUCAAAGCUUUCACCGACAAGGAAGAGGCUGAGAAGUUUGCCAAAGGUAUUUGUGACUACUAUCCUUCACCGACCAAAUCCUCUGCCUGUGUAUCGCCACUGAAAGGCGGUGUGAUCUACAACAGAGAUUGGCUGAGUUCUCUGGAAAUGGAAGGCACCAACAGGGAACGAGCCAACAGUUACAAAAGUCCACGCUCUCAGGAUUUAACAUCCAAGCUGCGGAAGGCUGUUGAAAAAGGAGACAGAACUACCUUUCUUGAACUUGUGUGGAGCAAUCCACGUUACCUCAUUGGUUCCGGAGACAACCCUACAGUUCUCCAGGAAGGUUGUCGGUACAAUGCUAUGCAUGUGGCUGCCAAAGAGAAUCAGCCACAAAUUUGUCAGCUUCUGCUGGAGACGUUGGAGAGUCCUGAAUUUAUGCUCCUUAUGUAUCCAGAUGAUGAUGAAGUUAUGCUGCAAAAACGCAUCAACUACAUCGUUGACCUUUAUCUCAACACACCUGAUAAACGGGGCUUUGACACACCACUACACUUCGCCUGCAAGUUUGGGCAUGCAGAGGUGGUUAAUGUAUUAUGCUCUCAUCCUGAUAUCUGCAAAGUCUCGAAGAAUGCAUAUGGGUUUACUCCUGUGGAGGUUAUUUGUGAACGGAAUAACACUGUAUCUGAGGGGCUAAGGGACAAGAUCAGAGAAUAUUUACAAGAUCGAUAUUAUGUGCCAUUGCUAAGAGAUAUUGAGAACUCAUCUCCGCCUGUCAUUGGUCCCCCCUGGUCGCCUGACCCAGCAGAUAAGCUCCUCUGCACAUCUUUGUACAAGCACUCCGGGAAUCCCAGGGACCCAGUCAUGGCAGUAAGGGCAUUUGCAGGACCCAUGUCCCCUUGCAAGGCAAGUGAAUUUCGUCGCGUGUGGAAAGCUCCAUCCCGAGAGAACACAAGCCAAUAUAAAAAGGCGGAUGUGAACCGAGGUUACGAACGAGUUGGAAGGGAUUUAGCUCAUGAAAUGGGGCAUCCAUGGGCCGAAUACUGGGAAUUUCUUGGCUGUUUUAUUGACCUUGCAACACCAGAAGGAAUCAGAAAAGUUGAAGAAUAUUUGAGCAAAAAAGAAUCGACUGGAAGAUCUGAACAGGAAGGAGGAGACAUCUAUAUCUGUAAUAGAUUCAAAAGUUCUCCAUCAGGAGGUAAAAGCAGUAAAUACAGCAACUCUGUCUCUGUCGGUGCUUUUGUGGAUAGUCUUGAAGAAAUUAAAAACAGACAAAAUGCUGCACUAAAAGUCAGCAAAUCAGCAAUUUUACCCGGGAAUACCUUUGGUGCCAUUGAGGAAGAUGAGUGCCAUAUACUUCCUGUGCAGCGCACAACAGACAUCAUUAACUCCAUGGACAAUCUAAGUAACCUCAACAAAGAGAUUUUGCCAAAUUUAAAUGGAGUCUGUUCUCCUGCUGACGAAAAGCCUGAAGGACGAUGUCCUCGUUCAUACACCAUUCCUGGGUCUGCAGGUGAUCUCUUCCCCAUUUCCAAUCUCAUGGCUGAAUUUGAAAGACUUUCCCUGCUAGACGACAGAGAGAGAAACUCGCUUUCUGACAGGCUGAUAGAAUCUCCAGAGAGCCAUGAGGUUGAAGUAAUGGCAAAGCUAAUGGAGGGUGACACUACAGGUCUGGCAUCUCACGACAAAGGCUUUGUCUCUAAACAGGGUGCGGAGCAUGUAAAAGCUGAGAGUGAUGAGUUGAUUGAAAUGGGAUUGAAAAAUGAGGAUGCCUCAUUACUCGAGGCGAGGCCAAGCCAGAAGCCUGUGGUUGAAGGUGGCGGCGAAAUCACGGAUUCACUAUCAUUAUGUACAUCAAAGAUUGCAGCUUUAAACCUUGAAAACAAGAAGAACUCCACACAGCACAGCAGCCUGCCCUGUAGGACAGUUCACUUGCCACCUUUGACAAAGGAAGCCCCCGCACAGUUUCCAACACAGGAAUCCUCUGCAACUCAAAUCAAACUAAACCAAAGGUACAAUAUGCAAUUGGAAAACUUCUGCAGGUGGCCAGAGGAUAGACAGCAGCUGCUGCCAAGGCACGGUCUGGGGUAUUCAAGGAGAGGAACUACCAAGGGGAUAUUUCUGUCUGGAGAUGAACCAUCUAAGCUUGACAGUGAUGUUCUGGCUGCACUGAAUGGUGUUGUUAUUGACCCACAGAAGUUCCCAUGCCUACAUCGAUGGAAGAGCCAAGUGCAGUCGUACUCUGUAUCAGAAAUGCAGAGUUGGCCAAGCCCUUCUCUCAGAGGGAAACUGAAAGUGCAGUCCAACGUGCCGAGUUCUCCGUGCAGUCCUGGCACCUCUGUCCUUGGGAGACCGAGUCCACAAGCCUAUAGUCCUGGGAGGUUUGAGAGCUCUCCUUACACUGAGUUUGGAAGCCCAGGGCGCUAUAGUCCAGCGUAUGCAAGCCACGUCCACGUGCGGCAGCUUCUGCACUUCCACGAACCUUCUUAGUGCUCACAUUUAGGGUUGUGAUACUGUUCCUUUGCCCCACUUUAGAGGGGGAAGUCAGUUUUAUAUUUAAAAUAAAUUGUAGUUUCUUAAAUAUGUCUACAAUGUACAAUGGAUACUGUGUGCUGUUUGAUUCUGUUGAUGUGAACCAACUUUACAUUUAUUUUCUCUUUCUGCAAUGUCUCAAGUUCAGUUGUAUAAUUAAUAUUAAUUCUGAUUUCUCUUGCCAUCCAGAAAUUUAUAUAUUUUAACUUUUUAAACUUCAUUUCAAUAAAAUUCUGUCUCAUAUGUAGAUUUUACCAAAAGAAGCCCAGACUGUGGUGGGGGGGGGGGGGAGGUAGUGGGAGGUUGGGGUAGUAGAGGACUUUGGAAGCAGACUAGUUCUAGGGAUUAAAAUUCAACCUUAUCCUAACCCAGCAACAAGACUGAUGAUGUCAGUAACGUCUUUCAUUAUGAUUUCUGUGAAAUUUCUGUAAAAGUCCAUUGAUCUGAGAAUAAUAGGAAGGAGGCAUGUUAGUCAAUAAUGCCACUGUUAUUGUUGAGAAAUAUAUAUGUGGAUUGUUCAUGUUUUAAAAACAACUUGUACUGUAAGUGAAGUCCGUAAGUCAGGUGCUACAAUGAUUACAAAAAGGGUGCAGGAUGCUCCUAGUAGGAGAAUAAAGACAAAUAACGUGUAUAAAUGAUAAAUCUGUUUUUGGCACCUUGAUUGCAUUGGCCAUAAGGUAUUCUCAGUAGGUUUGUCAGAUCUAUUAAAAGAAAUUAUUUAUGUUGUAGGAAAAUUGUAUCGAUGACUUUUGCAAGCUUUUUAGUGCCUUUACUGGGGGAAACAUUCAUUUUAACUGAGCUGUGAACUAGCUUUACAGUUAGUUGCCUUUAAUGUAAUUAAAUCAGCAUGUACAGGUUUUUGGUGGCUGUUUAGUUGAUGGAUACCAGCAAAUGUCAAAUCCAUGUUGUCCUGCAGACACAUAGGGAGCACUGUUCACUCUGGAAGUAAUUUUCUAAAUCCAAGGACAAAGUGUGUUUUGCACUGCCACAUCUUGGAUCACUUGUGCAAGGUUCAUGUAAGUAUGUGAACAUACGUGGUUCUAACAACUCUGGCCCUUCCCACAGCACUUCUGGGAUAUGUACGGUACAUCUAUUGCAUCAAUGUGAAACGAUAAGCCGCUGAGAAAAGAAUAAAUGAAAAAAAUGCACAAAGUGAAAGCUAAUUGUUUGUGUUUCUGCACAUUAUGAGGCUUUGACUGAUGUAUUGAAAAGUCUCAAUGUGCAAACGGCCUUGUUUCAUUCUGUUAAUUGGUGAAUGUUUCCAUUACUAGUUAAAAAUCUGGCCGGAUGUGGCUUGCCCUGCAUAACUGAAGCGCAAACAACGUUAGUGUUGUGCCUGUUAAAUUCUCACUUGUGAUGACCUCAGAUCAAAGUACAGUCGGCCCUCCUUACCCGCGAGGGAUUGGUUCCGGGACCCCUCGCAGAUACCAAAAAACGCGGAUGCUCAGGUCCCUUAUUCAACCUGGCUAAAUGCGGUGGACCUUAGGACCCAGCGGAACCCCAGACCUUAUUUAACCUGUCUCAGUGUGGUGGACAUUAGGACCUGGCAGCGGAGCUCUGAAUCUGCAGUGUUUCUGUUCACGAAAAUAAUCACGAUCGUGAUUUAAAAUAAAGUGGAAAUAAUAAAGCAAUCAGAAAGAGGUGAAACGCCAUCUGUCAUUGGAAAAGUGUUAGGCUACAGUCGGUCAAUGAUCGGAACAGUUUUAAAGGAUAAAGUGAGAAAAUCCGUGCCCCGGUGAAAGCUACAAUUAUUACUAAGCAACGCAGUGGUUUAAUUUAUUGGGUUUUGGAUCGUUCACAUCAACCCAGCAUGGUUGGAGAGCGCCUGGGAGCUGUCUUGUCACUGGAUCGAACUCGGGAAUUUUUGUUCCCGAGCCAGGUGCUGAACCAUACGUUUCUUAAGGGUUUUAUAUGCAUAGAAAGGUAAAAUAUAUACUAUAUACUAAGACAAACGUUUGACUAACUGACGCUAAAUAAUACCGGAUGUACUUGUUCUGACUUACUUAGUAAGAGAACUUCCGUUUUAUUUUCGAUCCCGAUCCAUGAUAACCUACGCACAUCCUCCCGAAUACUUUAAAUCAUCUCUAGAUUACUUAUAAUACCUAAUACAAUGUAAAUGCUAUGUAAAAUAGUUGUUCUACUGCACUGUUUAGGGAAACAUCGUGGGCUGGAGGGCCUGUACUGUGCUAUGUUCCAAAUACUAACAUUUUAAAUAUUUCAAAGAACAAGUGUUAUUAAAAAAUUUUAAGAAUUUAGAAGUGGGCCAUAACAUAUAGGAGCAGAAUUUGGCAGCUUGGCCCAUCAAGUCUGCUCCACCAUUCCAUCAUGUUUGAUUUAUUACCUCUCUCAGCUCCCUUCUCCUACAAUCUUUGACACACCCUGGUUAACCAAAAGCCUAUCAGCCUCUGCUUUAAAUCUACUCAAUGACCUUGCCUGCACAGCCACUUGUAACUUAUUCCACAGAUAAAUCACCUCUUUCUCAUCCCUCUUCUGAGGGGAUGUCCUAGUCUGAGUCAGUGCCCUCUGGGCCUAGACUUGUCCACAAUAGGAAACAUCCCCUUCUUAUCCACUCCAUCAGGCCUUUCAAUAUUUGAUGGGUUUCAAUGAGGUCCCAUUCGUUCUUCUAGGUUCCAGCGAGUACAGGCUCAGACCUAUCAAAUGCUCCUCAUACAUUAACCUUCCAUUCCCAGAGACAUUCAUGUGAACCUCCUCUGAACUCUCUCCAAUACCACCACAUCUUCUCCUAGAUAAGGGGCCCAAAACUGCUCUCAAUACACUGUGCAGCCCUGCCACCUAUCUUUGUGUUGUCUGCAAAUUUGGCCACAAAACCAUCAAUUCCAUCAUUCAAAUCAUUGACAAGCAGUCUCAUUACUGUACAAGACUCCUGGCAAAAAUGUUUCAAAAAAUAGUGAAAUGGGAGGGAAGACAAAGAAUUGGUUAAGCAAUUUGGUGUAAAAUUGUACAAGAACUUGGCGAGAUUGCAUUUAGAGAAUAGGAAGGAUGCAAUUAAGCUAGAGGGUGUAGUUAAGAUUCAGAAGGAUAGAACAUAGAACAGUACAGUGCAGGAACAGGCCCUUUGACCUACAAUGUUGUGCUAAACCAGCUGAAAUGUAAAUCCAACCCCCCCGCCCCAAAAUGUAGCAGAUUAGUGGUUGGCUGUUUUUGUUUUAGUGGUUUGGCAUGGCACUGAGGGCUGAAUGGUUUGUCGUAUGCUGCACUGUUUUGUUCAAAUUUAAUUACAAUAUUUAAACUACAUUUGCACAGGCACAUGAAUGGGAAAGGU